AUGAGUGCCAUACUCGCGAUAGGUAUCGUAGUCGCCUGCAUUUCGAUUCCACCCCCUUCUUCCGCGACAGUCACCAUUUAUGGGGAACGGUCGUACGGUGAGAUCGUAGACUAUCUUCUGGAGCUCGAGACCAAGUACCAGGACUACUCUGAAGUAUUCAGUGUGCAGGACAAGUACGGUCUGCCCAAGUAUUCGGAAGUGAACUGCACUCGGAACAACGAGACGGUGCCUUGUGAGCAAUACGUGAUCAAGAUCACGGACGAGGAAACGCUGCCAGACCCAGAGCGACCCGAAUUAAUCUUCAGUGGGUCUGUGCACGGUAACGAAAGAGUGGGUCCGCAGGUGCUCGUUGCAUUGGCGGAACUCUUGUUAUCACACGCGAGCCGAACGGAUGGUAAUCCAUGGCUUCAGCACCUUGUGAAGACCCGUACUAUUGUAAUCGUCCCAACCGCUAACGCAUACGGCUACAACCACAAUGUCCGGAGGGAACUUGGUGUUGAUCCGAAUCGAGACUUUCCGUACAACUUGGGUGACACCAAGGAGUGCAUGGAGACGACGGCUGCCCGGGCACUGAACGAACUCUGGCGCGAUCACUUGUUCCAGCUUGGCAUUACUUUCCACGCUGGUAGGGAAUGUAUCACGUACGAGUGGGGGGCUAAGAACCAUGUCAAAGAGUCUGGCAAAAGUGACAAGAGCCCUGACAAUUUAAGUCAGCAGCAGCUUUCCCGCGUCAUGUCUCGAUUCGGAGGUAAAUUUGAAGAUAGUGCUCAGUACUACCCGGACGGCACUAUGAAUGAUGUUGUGUAUGCUGUUGACGGUGGCAUGGAAGACUGGGGGUAUGCAGCAUCUUGGGAGAAUGAGUACACAACUCCGAAGCCCAUUAAAGAGUGUAACCCGUCAAGUUUCGGGGGAUACCCAGCCGAGAAGACCAGAUACAACAAUGCUACGCACCGUGCGUUUAAUGUGUUAAUCGAGGCAAGUAACAGCAAGCAGCCAAACGCAACAACAUGGGGAGACAGCUCGACGCUCUCGGAUGAAGCAUUGAGUGACUAUUUACCAGAGGCUGAAAUGGCGGGUCACGUGCCUCGCAACACUCGUCUGUCAUUACUGUACAUUGAUCUCGUGCAGCCAUAUGUGCUUUGGAAAACGCACCCGUACAACUGUAGCAAUGGCCUGAACAUAGUAUGUUCCUGUAGUCGCGAAGUCUACGUCGGCAGAGAACAAACCCUUAUUGUUAGUUUUCACUUUCAAACCCAGAUCCUUGUGAUACCAUCGCGUAACUCCACUCUGCGCUUGCGUAUGGGUAACACCAGUCGGGUCAUCAGACCAAACUUUCAGCUGCGUCUUGUCCACUAUGAUAGCCCCCGCUACCUCCCAUUCGAACGUGACAGCUUUGUUCACAUUGCCUUUGACCAGGACUGGGCUACCCAAGGCACUGGUGAAGACAUUCCAGUUCCCAAGGUUAAACCACAAACGCACAUUGUGAAUGCUCGAACCAACGACGACUGGUUGUACUCAAACAACGGCCGAGUCGUUCGUGGUCAAACGGUUUGGACUUCGCAGACGGUCAAGAUUGUGGUGACCUGA